AUGCCUGCGCCAUCACUCUCUAUCCAGGUACAUCCAAGCAUCUUGACUGUUCACAUUCGUAUGAAAGACCGUCCAGGCACAACUGCCAUUGACAUCACACCGUCACUCUUAUCGUCAAAGAAUCUUAUCGUGCGAUUUCAUGAGUUAGCAUUUGAUGAAUUUGACCUUGGUGGUCCGUCAUUAAAGUCCAAUAAUGACUCACACGCAGAUGUCAAGCCGGCAGAUCCGGAUAAGCUCUUUAGCGAUGAUAGCGAUGAAGAGGGUGACAACAAGGAUGGGGAUGACAAGAAGAGGGUGAUAUCACCUAAGAAGAUUGAUAAAGACAAGGAAAUGGAGGAUCUGUUUGGAUCAGACUAUGAUUCAGAGGAAGAAGAAUUUAAAGCCUCAGGUGUGAAGGAGUCACCCGCACGCGACGGUCAACGCAGCAAUGAAGAAUUCUCAAGAGAUGACGCUGGAGACCGUAACGCAUCUGGAGGUGGUGAUGGAGACAAUGGCUACUCGGACAAUAUGUGGCUACCCCGGACUCCCAAGGCUCCUAACACUACUAAGUAUUUUAUAAGCAAAAUGCCGAAUAUUUUGCGCUUUGUGCCAGAGCCGUACACUAAAGAGGGUAUUCGAGCUGAGAUGGAGAAUUCAUCGGAUGAAACACUUUACCGUAAUUACGUGCGCUGGCGCUACAAACGCGACCCUGUAUCAGGUCGCGUUUUACUGGACGAGGAGACAAAGCUCCCGUUGCGAGAGUCUAAUGCUAAGCUCGUACAAUGGGAAGAUGGUACCUUUAGCAUGUUUGUGGGAAAAGAAGCAUUAGCGAUGUCUCGUCAGAAACUAGCCAACUCUUUCUUAUUUGUAAAUGAGAUGGCGAGCGAUGGUCCGCAAUUUCAGGAUAGUGAUGAUGUUGUGCCAGGUCAAGAGAGUGUACUGGAGUGUCAUGCUCGACUUCAAGAGAAAUUUACGAUCCGUCCGAUGACCACAGCCAGCAAGUCGCACAAGGGUCUCACUAUGUCAAUGCGUUGGAGACACAAUAAGAGUGUCCAGAAGAUGAAAGAGUACAUAUCUGAGCUGGAUGGCGAGCGUGAACAAGAACAGCGAGUGAAGAUCACGGACGAAAAAUUGCGUCUGCAAAAUCGUAAGAAGGCGCGCCAGGGAUAUGAGUUUGACCGUGAUCGCUCGUCGCGCAUGGAUGCGCAAUUCUUAGAGGAUGGCUACGAUGCAAUCGAUUAUGAUGAUGAUGAACACGUAGGGUCGAUUAAAGAGCAGUUUGGUAAGCGCAAAACGCUAUCGGCACAACGCAAGCCCGGCAUUCGUCGUCCAGUCCCUGGUGGCGGGCUCGAUGAGUAUCGCAGCAGCCAACGCCAGCGUGAACUCAAGCGGGAGCGAGAAGCUGAAGGAUUUGAGAGUGAUAACAAUGAUGGUGAGGAUUCAGAGUAA